AUGACUUCCAAUGGCUCAAUUGCGACGACGACUCUGAGUCCAACACGCGACACUCUCCUCACCUCGUCCAUCUCUUCCCUCUCAAGCUCCUCCGCCCGGCACACCUCGUCCCAAAUCUCCAAAAUAUACCGGCAAUCCUCAACGCUCUUCCUCACGCGUCGACUCCCCGAAUCGCUCUCCACCAUCCACCCCGUUAUCACCCCUCCAAAUUUGGAAGACUCUCCCUCAGACCUUGCACCUGUAGCAAAAGCUAGCCGAACAACAAGAAUAAAAGUCUGGUCAUUGUACCUGACGAUACUGAAUGCAAUCGUGGAACUGGAUCCAGACGAAGGGAAACAGGCAUUUGGGAGUUCGGAUUGGAGAGCGCUGGUUAGUAAAGUGAGGGAGGGAGAUGUGUGGGAGGAGGUGGUGAAGAAUGGGUAUGGGGGUGUAGAGGGGGAUGUUGAUUCAGAUGUUGUGAUAAACUUGUAUGCUCACCCGUCUCACCAAUCCAUCUCUUUUGAGUUCCAGCCCCACGCCCGCACCCAAAAAACAAACCAAACACGUCUAGAAACCUACCUAGCCUCAUCCACAACGCCCUCGCUCCAAAUCUCCCAAUCUAUUCUGAACUCCUCGCCCAAUACGCCCCGCACCCGUUCCCCCCAAAAAUCAACCGGCACAGACACACCCCGCGACCUAAACGCACGCGUCAAAAUCCUCGAACUCUACACUUUACACGUCCUCCUCCGCAACAACGAAUGGGACUACGCACGUGAAUUCAUAUCCAUAUCCUCCGUACUCGACGAAGAGCGACGGGAAGCCUUUCUACAAGCGCUGCAGAGUUUGCGGGAUGAGCAAGUAGAGGCCGAGAAGCGAGAAGGAGAAGAAAGAAGAUGGCAAGAGGAGCAGCUAAAAGAAGCGCGGAAACGACGCGAGGAAAAAGAGAGAAGGAGAGAUGAGAGCGAACGUGGAGGAAGUGAAGUUGAUUACGGCGUUGAAGAUUCCCAUUCCCGCCCCAGCACUGCUCGUUCAGCAAAAGCAGUCUCCGUUACCUCUUCUUCUACAACACCAAAAGCCACCCCUCCGACUUCACAUUCAGCUCCAAAACAAACUUCAAAUUCAAAUUCGAAAUCCACAGCUCCCCCUAUACGGCGUACCCCUGCAGCAGCACCGAAGCGUUUACCACCCACCUUAUUAUCGCGCGCCUCGACGAUCUUCAAAAACGUACGAAAAGUAUUAACACAAGAUGUGCUCGCAGCCUUCAAGACACGCCCGUUAUUUUUACUCCAAUUGCUGGCAUUUAUCAUAGGCUUGGUAGUGCUAAUGGGGCGGCGGGAUGUCAAAGAACGAGUUAGGAGGAUGUGGGGGCGCGUGAGGGAGACGGUCGGGAUGGGCGUCAAGGUUAGUUAUAUUUGA